CUUUAAAGGCUGGCACGAUCUCUAAUGAGACGCCAGUUGAUCCGUGAGCGCAGAAAGGAAAAGUUACAGUGCGAAUCUCCAAAUUUCAUACACACAGCUCAGCCAUGAAGAUCUUCGCAAUGUCAGCACUGUUCGGGCUUGUGUGCCUCGUUAGCGGACGUCCCCAGUACUUCCAGGACUCCGGCGAAGAGGGAUGGUCUUGGGGAUCUAGCAGCGGAGAGGAGAGCCAGCCGAGUCGAGACCAGCAAAUCCGACCAAAUCAGCCCAGUUUACCCAGACCAAACCGGCCAAAUCCACCCUCAGGAACCGGCAGUAUCGUCAGCCCUACGAGGCAGCCCUUAAGCAACGUCCCCGACACCACAGCAAUCGUUGGGAUCACCACUGAGCCAACCGAGGAGUUCUCCAGGUGCUUCGACGCCUGCCCAUCAACCGCUCAAUACAACCCUGUGUGCGGUUCAGAUAUGCAGAGCUACCACAAUAUGGCCAGGUUCGACUGCGCCGUUUCCUGUGGCGCCAACAUUCGAGUGCUGUUCGCCGGAACCUGCGUUCCAGUAUCUGGAUGAGGAUCCAAAUAUCUUCAGCUGGGGGGGAAAAUAAGACUUGGAGAAAUUGUCACAUGAAUUUCUCAUCUUUAAUUGCCUUAAUCGAUCAAUAAAACACUUCUAUAU